AGACGCUGUUGUGGUCGUGAACCAAGAGAGUCACAACAAUCGGGGCAGCUCAGUGCAGGCCAUCAAUGUUUUUUCCUCAAAAUGAGGAUCAAACUAGACCUUAGCGAAUUUUUAGAAGAUGAGAGAAAAUUCUCUGUGGUAAACGUAAACUUGAAUGAGUCCAAGACAGUGGAAGACGUCUUGAACAAGAUCUGCAGUCGGUUUAAUGUUUCACUGGCGCAGGAAGACGCAGAUGAAUUGGGAAAGAAAAAGCCUGCUGUAGGUCUUUUUGAAGAUGGGUACUACAUUCACCCUGACGAGACUUCUACUGUUCUUCAAGAAGCAAAUGUUCUCAAACUUAAAUCAUUGCCAGGCAAAGGAAGUGCAGGAGCAGAUGGGAAAAAAAAGAAAAAGGGUAAGAAAGGGAUAUCUGAAGAAGUUCCAGACAAUAUUGGAGAUAAAAAAGAGAAAAAAAGUAAGAGAGAAAAGAGUGAGGAAGAAAUACAGGUACAAGAUACUGUUAAGGAAGAGAAAAAAGGGAAGCGAAGUAGACCAUCUGAAGAACUUAUUCCAGUAGAUGACAAUGAGGAUGACAGCAGAAAAGUUCGCAAACGAAAGAGAGGUAAGACCUGGGAGGAAACAAAUGAGCAGGAAAUGGACAUAGAUGAGUUGAAGGAACAAAGGAAACACAAGAAGAGUAAGAUCACUGAAGAGAGACUCGAAUCUCAGGUUGAUGUGCAAAUUAAAGAAAGAGGGAGAUGGAAGAAAGAAAAACGUGAGAAAAUGGCAGAACCACAAGAGAAUGUUGAGAUAACAAAGUUGAAAAAGAAAUGGAGAAAGGAGAAAAACAUUGAGGUUGAAGAUGAAGUGGAGGAGGUUCCCAUCAGAGAAAAAAAGAAACGGAAAAAAGAAAAAUCUACUGAACCAAAUAGUGAGGAGGAUGUGGUGAGGGACAAUAAGAAAAAGAAAACUAGAUUACCUGAGCAGUCAGUAACUUCAGAAAUAAAAGCGGACAAAAAGAAAAUACCUAGGAGUUCUAAAGAAGAAGAUCGAGAAGCACCAAGAGCCCGUGAAGCAGAGAAGAAGAAGAACAGGUGGCAGGAAGAGAAAAGUUCACAGGAGAAAGUAGUUUCCACCAGCACUGUGAUCAACCUGGAGAGUGAGGAAACAUCUGAUGAGGAUAAUUCAUCUGAUGCCAGUGGUAACUUUGGUAAGCAAGGUAGAUUUAGUUCUAAAUCAUCAGAUCAUGAUGAUGGUCAUUAUGCUGCUGAUUCAGUGACAGAUCCAUUCAUUGCUCAUGAUUUUGUGAGUGUUAAUGAACCAGGGAUCAAGAAAAAACGAAAGAGAAAGCAUAAGAAAGGACAUCGUGCUCAAAAAGAUGUUGCUGAUCAAGGUACUUCUACAAUUGGGUAUAUUUCCUCUCAGGACACAUCAAAAACAUCAGUGUAUAAUACUAAUUCUGAUUCAGUUCCUACCUUACCUUAUCCAAGACCAAGGAAUAAAAGACCUCUUCUCAACUCCACUUUUACUCGGAAACACAUACAUUUCACUAGUGAUGAUGAAAAAGAAGUGUCUUCUGCUGUUAAGGUGGAUUUGAAAGAGCCUGCUCAUGAAAUUGAAAUAGUGGAAACCACCACUAGAGGGUCAAGAAAGAAUGAUGUAAGAGCAAGCCUUGCAGGGCUGAGUCCUAAGCACAUGAAUAUGGAUGGAUUUCAAAAUAUGUCCCCAAGUUUAAAAAAAAAUAUUCAAAACCCUGAAGAGCCAUCUACAGGUACUUUAUAUAAGACAGGUAAAGGUUCUAGGUAUCACAGCACACCAUUAAAGAAAAAGGCUCCUGUAGUUGUUGAGGUGGAAGGAGAAGGUACAGCUUCAUUUGCCCCAUCUGAUUAUUCCUCCAUGUACAAUAUAUCUGGAAGAAAUCCACUCAAAAAGAACAAAAGUGGCAAUAUUGAUGAACUGGCUACUCUUCGUAGAAUAUGUGAGAAUAAGACUAUCACUGUCUGUAAAGUUGAUUCAAGAAAGGAGCAAACUCCUCCUAAACCUAGAGAUGCCCCUGUAACCAAUACCCCAUCCCCGUAUUUAAGACCACCACCUCCAUUAUUUGCAAGACCCAAGCAAGUAAGUGAAGAAAGUAAACAAACUUUCCAUAACAUUAUGACAAUUAAAAGCAGAACAGUACCCCUAGUUUUCUCAAAUACAAGAACGAUGCAGCCAGAUUCAAAAACAGAAUUCUUGAGAGAGGAACAGAUUCUUAAUCAUCCCAGAGAUAUAAAGAAGAGGGCACUCUUUAAUAAUUCAUUUUCUACUGGAAAAAGUUGUGCAGUUAGUCAAGAGAGACUCAACAGUGACCCUCAUAAUGUCUCUCCUAGUAAAAGUGAUAGUGGUAUCAGCACUCAAAGCUACAGUCUUCAAAUGGGAGAAAAAAAGGAAUUUGAUCACACUUUUCAUAGCGAUAUUUCAGAAAAUAGAAAUACCAUUGACCUAGAAUCAUUACCAAGCACUUCAAAGUGGGUCACUGUUCAUGAUGACUUGCCAAAGCAAGCCAUUGGGGUGGUUUCCCAAAAUAGGAGAAAAGACAAGCAAAGGCCUUUUCAGUCUAUAGGUGCUGUUCUUUCAGGCAUGAGAAAUAAAGUUGACAAUGGUAUUGAGACAGGAGAAUUACAGGUAAUCAGCAAUGAUGAGGCAGAUGCUGGGCCUCAAAAAGAGACAAAUAAUGAAAUUGGUAAAGGUAAGGAGUCACAUAUAGAUAGAAUACCAAAAUCACUGGACCUUUCUCACUUGGCUGCAAUAAACAUUGGUACUAGAAAAAGUGAAUUGUCUAGCCAAGUUAAGGAGAAAGCAUUUAUGGCCAUCCCAACAAAGACUGAAAAUGAGAUUGUAGACUUGGAAAGUGAUGAAGAGUAUGGAGACAUACAUCCAUCUAGUAAAUUAACACCAGGGAUAGCUACUAAUGCUAAGGCUUUGGAACACCUUGGAAAAACUGGAGAUAUUGUAGCGGAGAUUGUAUCAGAAAGUAAAAAGACACCCCGUUUAGAGACUAAGAUUAUAGAAGGUAAGGAAAAGUCGGCUAUCUUUGCUGCUAGGAUUAUAGCUGGGGUUAUAGAAGCUAAAAAGAAAAUUGGUUCUGUUGCAGAGAUUAUAGAAGACAGCAUAAAGACAAGUAAAUGUUCAGCAGAAAUUGUUGAAGACAGUGGAAAAUCAAAUAAUUUUACUGCUGAUUUCAUAGAUGAUGAAGAUGAUGAUGUUAUUGGUGAUGAUGACGUUAUUGGAGAUGAUGACGUUAUUGGAGAUGAUGAUGAUGUUAUUGGAGAUGAUGAUGACGUUAUUGGAGACGAUGAAGACGUUAUUGGAGAUGAUGAAGAGGUGGCUAUCUAUGAUGCUGAGAUCAUAGAAGACAAAGAAGAGAUGGAUGAAAUUGAUUGCAAGAUUCAAGAAGACAUAAAGAAUACUGACACACCCAUUACUACUGCUACCACACUUGAGUCGGAAAGUGACCGGAAUGCUGUGGAAAUUGCAAUCACUGAGAGAUUAAAGGAGGACAUGCUGAAAGAAGUUAAACAAAAGCCCGGAAAGGAUGUUGGGCUUCCUGGAGAAUAUAGUGAAAACUUCUUCCAUAAGUUCCCAAUCAUGAAGAUCCCUCCAAAAGCUGGGGAAUUCAUUGCAGUGAGAGUAUUGAGCCUAGAUGAAUGUUACAGUCCUGUAUACUCCAACUACCUUCCAGCACGUGUUAUAGAGGUGAAUGGGCUCAUGGUUAAGCUGAAAUUUGUUGAUAAAAUCAAGAACAAGAAAGAUGAUACUGAUAAUGUGGAAGAAGUUGACCUGACCUUUGAGGAAGAUGAGGUAGACCUAACUAAGGAUGCACAGGAUAGAGUUGAAUCAAUUGAUUGGCGGGAUAUAUAUGAACCCAGACUUCUUUACCCAUAAGAUGACAAUGUUAAUAUGUAUGUUAUAUAUACUGUAUACAGUAUAUGACUUUUUAUGUUCCACCAAGCAUUGUGGUUGUUUGUAACUAGUACUGUAGUUACAUGAGUACAGUACUUUCAUUUUCAUGAAUACUUUCAUUAACUGCUGUUGUGUAUACUGAUGUGAAGUUGAUUUUCUUACCAUUGUGAUAAGGAAAGUCUUAGAAAUUAAAGAUUUAAUAUCAACAAAUCCAGGCAAUGCUUAGAAUUACAUUUAAAUGCUUUCAGAAUAUUUUUUUAUAGGCUUCAUGUGCAUGGUAUAUGGAUUAGAUACUGUAUAUGAAAUUGAUUGGAGAACCAACUGACUGCUUUGUAAAUGCUGAUACAUCUUAUGAUAUACAUCAUAUAUUAAUCACACAGAUAGUGUUAUUUUGUACUUUUGUCCUUUAAUAAUUUCUAUUAUCAUCCCCUCUUUAUUUUGAGAAAUAUUAGAUCUAUAUUUCUUAUCCAAUAUAGCCAAGAAUGAUUUUUCUAAUUUAAAAGAGAAUUUACAGAAAGGGGGAUGUUGUAUGCAUUAUAAUUGUUACCUUCAUGUCUGCCACCUACAUCAUCAGUGUCAUGAUUGCCAAACUUCCCACUUUCACUUUAAUUUCUACCUUAUGUUUCACAUAAUCAUCAUGCACUUCUGUCAUCAUAUCCAUGUCACUAAUUACAAUCACUUAAACAGUUUUGCAUAAAUGCUGAUAAAAUUUUGCCUAAUAUACUUUGCAAUGAAAAUUUCUAUUAUGGUGUCAUGUCCAUCGUAUAAGCUUCUAUUGAAUCUUACUUUCUACUAGUCACUCAGACAAAUUAAUUGACUGCUAACAGAACAACAACCAUUGAGUAAUAGUUCACAUUAUUUUUUAUGGUUGCUGAAAGGUGAUUUUGUGUAAUUUUGUCACAUGGCUGUUAGUGGUUAACAAAAGAGAUGCAAAUUAGAAUAGGUCUUGAAUGACUAGGUACAUGAGAAAGGGCACAAAUAAACUACUGUAUCAGAAAGUUACUCCAAAAGCCAAAGACAGAGCCUAAAAGUAGGAUGAGAAAGUUGGUAAAAGCAAAAGUAUAUAGGUAUGGUAAAGGGUAUGAGAGUAAGGAUAAUGGCAUGGAAGUCUUUCUAAACAGCAGUUAUCAUUUGCAUGUUAUAUGCAUAUUAUUUCAGUGUCUAACAGCUUGAUUCAUAAAUGGACAAAUUUGAAAUAAAUUGUUUUUAAAGAAGCUACA